CAAAAACCAAACCAACCUAGAAACAAAAAGGGCCAAGACCCAAGACGAACGAACAUUCUGAACGGAAGCAGGCGUUAUAUAGUCUGUUAUUUUUUAAUACAUAUUUAUAUAUUGUACACAUGAAACAAGAAUAAACUUUUGAAAUUUUUGUUCAUAUUUAAAGAUGUCAAAAGGAGGAACAAGAUUAGAUACUAAAAAAGUGAAUUCUGAAUUAUUUACGUUAACGUAUGGUGCUCUUGUUGCUCAGUUACUAAAGGAUUAUGAAAAUGUUGAAGAUGUAAAUAAACAACUAGAGAGAAUGGGUUAUAAUAUGGGAAUAAGAUUAAUAGAAGACUUUCUGGCUCGUACAGGUUCUGGUCGAUGUUACGACUUUAGGGAUACUGCAGAAAAAAUUCAAACGGCUUUUAAAAUAUAUCUUGGCAUAACACCUACUAUUACUAAUUGGAAUGCUGCCGGAGAUGAAUUUUCUUUAUGUUUUGAAUCCAAUCCUUUAACAGAAUUCGUUGAACUUCCAGAUAACUGUUUGCAUUUAAAGUAUUGUAAUUUAUUAACUGGAGUAUUACGUGGUGCUUGUGAAAUGGUACAAAUGGAAAUUGCUGCAUGGUUUGUUCAAGAUCAGUUAAAAAACGACAAUGUUACUGAGGUACGAAUAAAAUUUGUAAAAAGACUGGAAGAUGCUAUUCCUGCUGGUGAAGAUUGAAACUGUUAGUUUGAAAUAAAAUUUAAAACACUAAUAGUUUCUAUAAUGUAUCUUUUCUAAUAAGUAAUAAAGUUAUUUGGCAUGUAACCAAAUACAGUAAUAUAUAUAAAAAAAUCCAUUAAUAUGUCAUGAAAUGUUUGUUCAUAAAACAAUUGAUCCGUUUUAAAUAUGUCUAUAAUAAAAUUUCUUGACAACAGUA